AUGGAUAUUUGCUCCUAUGAAAGCGCUUACUUUGAUCAUCCCGUAUACCGUAUCUCAAUAUCCGUAGUUUACUCAGCAUCAUCCCUCAUUGCGACAACCUUGAAUUUCCUUAUAUUGGUUUCGAUAUGGAAGACACCAUCCCUUCACAAUCCUUCGUUCAUGCUCAUCGCAAAUCUCGCACUUUCGGAUUUCAUCAACGGAACCAUUGGGGAACCAUUCAUGGUUUGUACAAACUAUGUCGCUCUCAAAAAACAGAAACAUGUUUUUUGUUACAUAUGGAAAAUCGCAAGAGCAGUAACUUAUUGCACGGCUUCGGUGUCUCUGCAGACGCUGGCUUUGAUAAGCAUCGACCGGUUGCUUGCAGUUAAACUUUUAAACAGAUAUCGCAGUGUUGUAACUUUAAAGCGGGUUGCAAAGCUAUUGAUUAUAUGGUGGAUUGGAUCGCUUUGUCUGGCAAACUUAAUCUUCCUUAACGUGAAGAUAGAAAAUUUGAAACAUUUACUAAUAAUGAUUGAAGUUUUUAUGUUUGUAUUGCUUUCCACGGUGUCAUUUUGUUAUACCAUGGCCUUUUUCAGCUUGAGAAAGAUAACGUCAUCGAUAUCUCCUGAUUCUUCAUCGGACCCCAACACGACGCGACCCAACAUUGAUGUUUCUAAGUAUAGGAAAUCCUUGACCACGAUGAUCGUCGUUUUCACUGUUAUAAUGAUCUCCUACUUACCAUACGUGUGCAUCGCUCUUGCCACAGCAGUAUCUUUCGAUCUUGCCAAACCAGAAGAUAAUCAGUUUUUGUACCAGUUAUUUCUGGGUAGCGAACUGGUGAUGGUUUCCAAUUCAUCUCUGAAUCCGUUGAUAUACUUAUGGCGCAUGGGCGAAUUGCGGGAAGUUGUCAAAACUACGGUAAAGAAAAUCUUAAGAUUGGAACAUUCUGCUAACAAUCAGUGA